CUCUAACGCCAUGUCCUGAAAGUAAACAAACCACCUGAUUUAAAAAUUGACAGCACUUGACAAUAAAAUAGAUUCGUAACCAGCGAUGAGCUCUUUAACUUGCCGCGUUUGCCUAGAGAGCUUUGAAAACAUGGUCAAUGUUUUUGAAGGGACUAACGAAGUUUCCAUUGUCAGAAUGAUUUUUGAGUGCACCGGCUUUAAACCUGAUAAAGGGGAUCGACUGCCGGAAACCAUUUGUACUUCCUGCCUUCAGGAUGCGCAAAAUGCAUUCGAUAUUAAAAACACUUACGAACGGAGCUCCCAAUUGUAUUGCCAGUUCAAAAAUAAUUCUUUGGCGGAGAGCCUGCCUCUCUCUCUUGGGCCAUUUAAGGAAGAAUACUUUGAAGAUUUGCCAAGCAUGGAGGAACAUCAAAUAGACCAAUGUCUGGUGAAGAACGAACCGCUCGAGGAAGACGCAUUCGAGGAGGAACGCAGUCCCAGUCCUAUUUCAGAAUACGACAUCCAUCAGUCCGAUAGCCAUGUGAAGAUCGAGGAAAAUAAUGAUUAUGGCGAAAAUAACAUACCCCAUAAAUGCUCUGAAUGUCCGUCCACUUUUACCUCGAAGACAGAUCUUGAGCGACACUUGCUAAUCCACACAGAAGAACGACCAUUCAAGUGUAGCCAAUGCCCAAACACUUUUCUUAAGAAACAACAUCUUGAGGAUCACUUUCGUGAACACCCAGGCAAACGACCAUUUAAGUGUGCCCACUGCUCAAAGGACUUUAAGAGGAACUCGCAUUUUCUCCAGCACAUGCUAUUGCAUAGAGAAGAUUCUUUUAAAUGUACUCAAUGCCACAAAAUGUUUGCAACGGAUACAAAUUUUCAGCUACACUUGGCAACCCACACAGAAAAGCGACCGUUUAAGUGUAAUAAUUGCUCAGCGGGUUUUACGAGGAAGAAUAGUCUUCAUCAACACAUGACAACGCACACGGAAGAAAGACCGUUCAAGUGUGAUCACUGCUCAAAGGAUUUCAAGCGUAAAUCAUACCUCCAGGAUCAUUUGCGAAUGCAUCUAGGAGAACUUUUCAAAUGUACCCUCUGCCCAAAGACUUUCAAAAGCAAGGCUGCUUUGAGGGUACACUUGCAAGUUCACACAGGGGACCGAUCGUUUAAGUGUACCCAAUGCUCAGCUGCUUUUUUGAGAAAAUAUUAUCUUCAAGUACACAUACGAACGCACACGGCAGAACGACCGUUUAAAUGUACCCAGUGCUCGAAAACUUUUUGUACGAAGACACUGCUGCGCAAACACUUUCGAGUACACACAGGAGAACGGCCUUUUAAGUGCACCCAUUGCUCAAAAGGUUUCAAAGACAAAUCGUACCUUCAGCUUCACCUACGUAUGCACACAAGAGAACCGUUCAAGUGUUCCCAUUGCUGGAAGACAUUUGGCUUUGGCCAAAGUCUGAAUCGGCACUUGAAAACUCAUCAGAAAAAAGUUCCUUCUAAUUAA